AUGGUGAAGAGGAAACGGGAUGAUGCGUGUGAGGCGCUGAGCACAGUGCCUGAAGCCAUAAGUGCUUGUUGCUGUGUUACUGUUGGUACUGCAGCAGCUACCAAGGCCUCAACCAAGGCAUCGCCCACAGCAGAGUGUUGGUCUCCAUUGCCAACUCUUCUUCCCUUCUCUCUGCAGCCGUCAUUUCACCAGGCUGAUAGCGUGCGGGGAACUCGACAUCAUGGGCUGGUGGAGAGGCCGUCCAGGACCCGCUUCCACCCUCUUCACCGAAGGUCUGGAGACAAGCCAGGACGACAGUUUGAUGGUAGUACUUUUGGAGCCAUUUACUCCUCACAGCCCCUGGAUGAGAGUUGGCCAAGGCAGCAGCCUCCUUGGAAAGAAGAAAAGCAUCCUGGGUUCAGGCUAACAUCUGCACUUAACAGGACCAAUUCUGAUUCUGCUCUUCAUACGAGUGCUCUGAGCACCAAGCCCCAGGACCCCUAUGGAGGAGGGAGCCAGUCGGCUUGGCCUGCUCCAUACAUGGGUUUCUGUGAUGGAGAGAAUGAUGUACAUGGGGAAGUUGUGUCUUUCCCUGGCCCAUUGAAAGAAGAGAAUCUAUUAAAUGUUCCCAAGCCACUGCCAAAACAGCUGUGGGAGACCAAGGAGAUUCAGUCCCUGUCAGGGCGCCCUCGAUCUUGUGAUGUUGGAGGUGGCAAUGCUUUUCCACACAAUGGUCAAAACAUAGGCCUUUCACCCUUUCUGGGGACCCUGAACACUGGGGGGUCAUUGCCAGAUCUAACCAACCUCCACUACUCCACGCCCCUGCCAGCCUCUCUGGACACCGGCGACCACGUCUUUGGUAGUAUGAGUGUGGGGAAUAGUGUGGGCAACCUUCCUGCUGCUAUGACUCACCUGGGCAUUAGAAGCUCUUCUGGUCUCCAGAGUUCUCGGAGUAACCCCUCCAUCCAGGCCACGCUCAAUAAGACAGCGCUUUCCUCUUCCCUGAAUAGCCACCCACAGACAUCCGUUCCCAACACCUCUGCUCUUCACCCUUCACUCCGUCUCUUUUCCCUUAGCAACCCAUCUCUUUCCACCACAAACCUGAGCGGCCCCUCUCGGCGUAGGCAGCCUCCCGUCAGCCCUCUCACGCUUUCUCCUGGCCCUGAAGCACCUCAAGGUUUCAGCAGACAGCUCUCUUCAACCAGCCCACUGAACGUAUAUCCUGUUUCGCAGAUGGUGUCCUCCGAUCGAAGCCCGCUCUCCUUCCUGCCCACAGAAGCUCAAGCCCACGUGUCCCCACCGCCCCCUUACCCCACACCUCAGGAGCUCCCCCAGCCUCUCCUGCAGCAGCCCCAUGCCCAGGAGCCGCCUGCUUCGCAACCCCCGGCAGCCUCAUCUCUGCCGCAGUCAGACUUCCAGCUCCUCACGGCCCAGGGCUCAUCUUUGACCAGCUUCUUCCCAGAUGUGAGCUUUGACCAGCAAUCCAUGAGGCCAGGCCCAGCCUUUACUCAACAGGUGCCCCUGGUGCAGCAAGGUCCCCGAGAACCACAGGACUCAUUUCAUUUGAGACCAAACCUGUAUUCCAACUGUGGGAGUUUCCCAAACACCAUCCUGACAGAAGACUCGAGCACCAGCCUGUUCAAAGACCUCAGCACUGCGCUGGCAGGCAUGCCUGAGGUCAGCCUGAACGUGGACACUCCGUUUCCAUUGGAGGAAGAGCUCCAAAUUGAACCCCUGAGCCUGGACGGACUCAACAUGUUAAGUGACUCCAGCAUGGGCCUGCUUGACCCCUCUGUCGAAGAGACGUUUCGAGCUGACCGACUGUGAACAGAAUGAAACAGAACAGGAGAAUUUAUUUCUGAAAUAGCUAAAAUAGAGGAGAAUAGAAUGGAGCCAGCUACACCCCUGGGCUUCAGUUGUCUUGGGCUUCCAACAUGGAAGGAACCAAUUCCACAGCCCCCAGCUUUCAGAUGAGGUCCUGUCUUGUACACUGUGGCUUAUUCUAGACCACAGAGCCAUGCACUGCCUCUCAGGCCUGCAGCACAGGAUGUUGCUGCAGGCAGGCUGCUUUGGAGCUUCCGACGAAUUGGUCAUCACCGUGACCAUUAGAUCUUGUGGCCAUCUAGUUGGUCGAUGUGUAAAAGUGGAAAAUAUGUAAUGGAGGACCCAGUAGCAUUGUGUAGUGCUCAGAACCACUGAUCUCAGUCAACACUGAAGGAGGGACCUGGAGGGGGAGGCAGUUAGGAGCCACAGGCCUUCGGGAAUUGGCUCAGCAUUAGCAGUGGUA